AAAGUCUACUGUGAGUUCAACACGUCUUGUCCAUCAAGACCCAAGCAACUAACCUGGUAAGGAGGGAGCAAUUGUUGUUUCUAGAAUGAAGGCUCUCGUCUUUUAUGGCGAAUUCUCGCCCGGUUGGCCGGGCCAUUCUUUUGAAUACAAACUAAGAGCCCUCGGAAUUUUUUUUUCUUCCGCCACCCAUCUAGCGAUGUGUCGCCACAACGUGGUGCUUAAACUGAUCUCCUGACCUGUACUCAGAGAGUAAUCUGUCGCCGACACGUGUUGCUGCAACUCGUCUCCUUGUGUGUUCCGAUCUUUACUUAUUUCAACUUACCUUACAGGUGUGCAAUGGGUGCUGUCAUAUGUUACUGGGACGAUUAUUUGGAUGUUGUUGGACCUACAAUGGACACUAUUAGAUAUCCUUUGAUUAACAAGAUCAUUCUUUAUCAUGAUCCGACUAGCUUUCCAACUAUUUACGGGGCAAGCUGUCUAACUGUUAGAGCAUGCUAGAAUUAAAAAUUGUUCUUGUUGUUGUUGUAAAUGUUGGCUUGGCCAAGUUGUUAAUUGUGCUGUCAUGCUGCAAUUAUAUAUUGAUCGUGUUACUAAAAACACCCUUGAUUUGAACUGACAAUUGUUACUAGUGUAGUUUAAUUUUUUCUGUUACUGCCGUAGAAUAUUGGAAAUUUUAAGAUAUGAGUAGUUUUUUUCUUUCAUUGAACACGCUAUUGCCAUAUAUUUAACAAUUACUCCACGAGUGCGCGUUGAAUAUGAGUGGAAUAAUUGUUUAUUAAAAACGCCCACAAAAUAUGGUGAAUUCUUCCCGACUUUAUUUGUAAGAACAACCGAUUUUCAAUUUUUGGUAUAUGGUUCAUAUACCAUGAUGGUUAAGCCAAUCUGAGGUCUUUAAUUGUAUUGUCCAAUGGUUCAGUUUUAAUAAAUAUGCAUAUGCUACGGAUAGCACACUUUCUUAACAUAUUUCACAUAUCAGAUGGACAGUGCUGUUCAUUUAGUUCAAGAGUUAGAUGGCGUAAGAAUCAUUGGUAACGAGACUCAUGAACUGCUUCAGCGAGUUCCAGGUUGGUAAAUAUGAUUACGUUGAUUGCGGGCGGUUUCUCCUCCUGGCAAAACCUCCCUAGCAACGAGGAGCAAGGUGAAACCGCUGUAUUAGCAGACUACAAGUGAAAGGUUUCAAAAUGCUCGCAGAUAUUCUGUCUUGUUCUCGAUUCAUAAAGCUAUCGAAAUAUAGCCUAAAAUAACAAUCCCUGUUGGUGGCCGGGAUGUCCUUGAGAUUUAUUUCUUCUCUACAGAUAUUUGAUGCUUUUCCAAAUUAAAACGUGUCGUUAUCUGUAGGUGCUUAAAGCGAAAUAAAAUCUCGAGACUGUUGACUUAAACCUUCAGCUCAGUGUGGUCUUGCUGUGGCUCGUGUAUGAUUUUUCAACUUACUCCCCGGAAGCAGAUUGGACUGACUCUACAUUCAGUAUUCCCCCCCCUCCAAAGAAAAUAGGUACCCUGUUGUCACGAACAAGCAAAAAGCCCUAAACUUUAUUCCAGUGACUUGUUCAAUCGGUUCACGGUCGAGUCGCCCGAAAUCAUGGUCAUGUCGCCCGAUAUCUUGAGUCAUGUCGCUUGAAGUAAACAUCUAUAUUUGCGUCUUUGUUUAACUUCACAUUUGCGUAGGUUACCGGACACAGUUGAGUCUACAUUGUUCGACUAAACUCCUUGCGAUAUACUUCAGAUAUUACUUUUCUUCAAGUCUAUACACUCGAUAAAAUUUUGGGCGACAUGACUUAGGAUUUCGGGCGACAUGACUCUGGUUUCGGGCGAUAUGACUUUCGGGCGACUUGACCGGUUACCGUUAAACCAGAACCACUUCUAAUCACGAAUGUGAAUAAUUAUGUCCGAUACUAGAGCAACUAUUUCUUUUCAUCUUUCAGCUGCUGUGGAACAAGUGUUUAAAAUCGGCUCAAUGGAACCAGGUGCGAUGCUGUUUGAUGCAUCAAAGGAAUUUGAGGUAAGCAAUGCUUCACUCUCUCUGGGAAAAAGUUGUCCCAGAUAAAAGGCUCAGCCGCCUACCCAAGCCAGUGGCGGAUCCAGGGGAGGGGUCAGGAUCCUGGGGUGGGACCGCACCCCCUUAUCUCAGGGGUCUGAAUAACAGGGCUCCCCCUUAUCUGCAGGUCUGGACCCUCCACUGCGAGCCACCCUGGGCAGCCUGUUGUUGGGUGACCUGUUUUCCUUGGUAAGGUCACCAUCCUAGCUGAGCCAACUUUUCUCCAUCUAAUAAAAAAUAAUCAACUUUAUUUAUAUAGCGCUAUUUCAGUCCAAAACCUCAAUAGCGCUUUACAGAAUUCGUAAGAAAGAACAAUAAUGAACAGUAAUGAAGAAAAACAUAGCAUGAUAAUAAAAAGAAUACCUGACGAACAACCUUAAAGUUUCAACUUAAAGAUUCUAAACUGCACCAAAAACUAAAUCCCUAAAAAUUAAACUGUCGUUAUGAUUCUUUCGUGUAUAUUCCUGUAAACAGAAAAAGAGCGCCCGAGCAGAGGACUACAUUCGGAUGAUCAAAGAACGUCUUCCUGAGGCUGUCCAGCAAUGUAUCCACGCCGCUGCCGGGGAACAUGAGCCUGCAAUACAAAGAGGACUGCUGAGGGUGAGUAUAGUUUCGGAAGUAGUCAUGGUAACCACAUGAUCCUUACGUUCAGUUGCUACGUUUCGAUUUUCACAGCAACCCGCCCCCAGGGGGUGGGGGAGUUGUUGACAAGUUUAAGUUUUCUUACACGGUGAUUGGUGCUCUGUUAACCGCCAGAUAAAUUUAGCAUUGUUUGAAAAAAUACAUUAUCUGUCUUCCUUGGCAAAAUCACCACCUCCUACUGAAAAAGUUUUAGUUAAUCUGCUGAAGUUCCUUCAAAUUCACUUUGGCAUAAAUCGUUGAACGUGAUGCCGUGAAAAGAAAAUCUGUACUCAGUAUAUCUGGGUAAUUUGAACUGAAAGCGAAAGAGCGCACAUAGUUCGUCCAUUAUGUUUCUAUUUGAGGAGUGUAGUAAGAGACAUAAAGUACUUCAUUAAUGCUUUCGACGAACGCGUCAGUCAGUGAUUUUUCAGUUAUACAGGAUGAAUUGAAAGUAUAGCAAAUCUCAGCGAGAGGUCAACAUUCGCCGAUAACACUGCUCUCUUACCAUCUACCAAGCGAGGUUUGCAACGUCGCUUGGUCAGAGAUUUGAGGGGGGAAAUAGUUCUCGUGUAACAUGUCAUGUGUCCUCGUAGUAACCAAUAAGAGCGCUCCGGCGGUCGAUGCCCAUAGUGUAACCGUUUUUUUACUGAUCUCCGCUGUAAUCUUUUCUUCUCUUUGCUAGGCUUCUUCCUUUGGUAAGAGUAUUUUAACUGAUAUGCCGCCACACGCGUUUGUUUCGAUGUGCCGGAAUCUUAGAGUGUUAAACGCCGUGCGGGACUACAUGGUUGGAAUUCCACUCACAUAUGGACAGUAUCCUUAUCCUUAUCAUUUUGCUUUUUUGUCCUCUGAGAGUACUCUUUGAUUAUUUUUCAAAAAUUAUCCAAUUUUGAUGCCUUGACGAUCGUCUUAGACGUGUACGACUCACGAAAAGAACUCAGGAGAAACUGUUCGCCGAUUGAGCACAAUAAUACAAAGCAUUUUUUGUGCCCAAUCAGGAGCCGGUAUCCGCUUGAAUUUUUGGAAAUAGUUCGGUGAGAGUCGGGUACCCAGGGGCUCUUUCGCCCGUACUUGAAAAAGUUCGUCCCAUCUUUUCUCCCGACCCGACUGACUUCCCCUGGGUCUCCGAGGAUGCCUCCCCCUCUACUCUCGUUUUUGCACCUGUUACGCAAACUGCCGCGCAGGCUAUUGUGAAACCUAUAUAUUCACUUUGACAUGACUGUGAUUUGACUGCAGUACUGUAAGGAUCAGGAUCGCCGUACACUUGUGGACCUGUUCUACCAGGAAGACCAGUUUAUGAACAGUGGUAAUGCCUUUGUGCAGGACAGCUAUAGCGAGAAGGGAUCAUAUAAAGUAGUUUGAAUGCUAUCAUGCUUAGGAGGGGAUCUGGUCGAAUGUUGUUUUAUAAUUUCAGUCCUGAGCAAAGGGGUGCUUACGCUUCACUCCGUUUCUUCAUGGCGUCAUAGAUUAUUUUUGUUUCCGUGACUGUAGGUGACUACAAAGCUCCCCUCAACCUCAUUGCCGGGACGUUUUCCGGUUAGAAAAUGGGAUAAACCCCUGUGAACGAAUGGUCGGCAGCAAUCUUGUUUAUCUUGAGCGUCAAGAAGAGCCAAGAAUACGUGUAGCAACUCUUAUUUGUAAUUUAACUCUCACAUUUCUCUGUUUAAACCCGAAACCUUUACCAAAAUUCGUUCUAAUCAUAACCAGUGAUAUCUACUACACAUGCGCUAAUUGUUGCCGUCCAUUUCUUCGUUGUAAAUAGUGGCCCUCAAUACAUACAGCGACCACGUGACCAGGGGAGACAUAAGACUACAAGUUAUCUGUUAUUUUUUUACAGGGAUCGUACAGCGAACAAAGCGCGCGCGCCUGAAAAUCGCAGCUCUGCAGUAAAGGCCGUCACGCGAAGGGUUGAUUGUUUAGUUGCGUAACGCCUUCCGGUCUCUCUCCCAAUCUACUCCGCAGAGCUUUUACUAGCCUUGUCUGGCGGAGCGGUUACUUUAAGUCGUAAACCAAAAGGAUCACAUCCUUGGAAAAGAGAUUGGCGCUCACCUUAUUAUUAAUUCGUUAUCUAUGAAAAGUUGCCGGCCAUAGAAUAGAAUCAUCGUUUUGAUAUCUCUUGUCAGUACACUUGACAUAAAAUCUGAUUUUCUUCUUAUUUAGACAAUAGAAUCCAAGAUGAACACAUUGUCCAAAGCACAGACGUCUUACCAGCAAGGAGGAUUUUAGUUCUACUCAAAGGUGUGUGCUCUCCACUUUGUUGAUUUGAUUUAAAAUACUUCAAACUCCUUCAAAGCUAGAGCCACUCAUUCCUUACUAUGUGGAGAAACAGAAGACGGACGUUAUGUCUUGUCUAGUAUUAAAGGAUACGGGAUAAACUUGCGACAUUCGAACCAAAAGCAUCCAGAAACUCUCCACUCCUCUCGCUGUGUUUGAUUAACAAAUACCUUGACUGUGCUCUGAACUGAUAUAAAUUACGCAGGAGGAAGCGCCGGGCUAGUGUACGAAAGGCCGAGUGUAGGGGGACGCACAAGACUUAGUCGAGAGUGUUUAUCCCUACUUCUUUAGUGCUUUGUAACAUAACAAAGCACAGUAAAGAUGUUUCUCUACUAGUUUUAUGAUAAAGAAUCCCUUAAAUUCGCCACACAUUACAUUCUAAUUUUCAAAACAAGCUUUUGGCAGAUGACGUGAAAGCUUAAGCUCCGUGUUUUUUACCUUGAUAAACACGCUUUGUCAUCCAAUCAGAGUGCGCGUUAAAAGAGUGUUUUCACAUGACUUUAUGGCGGCCAUAUUGGUGUCCCAAACCAAUUCUCUGGGAGUUGAACUCUUUUCUCUUUUGUAUGCAAACGCUAUCUUUUGUUCCAACAAAUUUGCAUGGAUGCUGGUCAGGUGAGUGAAAACACUCUAUAUCUGAACAAUAUUAUAAAUAUUAACAAAACAUUUCUUAUCAGUGAUGCAUUGUAUGCACGCACGAUUCAAUUUUCCAGGCAACAGAAGAACAAAUGAAACUCAUGGAAUAUCAAGUCAAACUAGAAGAGAAGUACAGAAAGACAUUUAUGGAUCUGUCCUUGAGUGAUACUAUCUACCAGGUGCGAUCAGUAACACACUCAACUGUGUUAGCCUUUAUUGUGGAUUGAGGCCGGUUAACUGACCACCUACCCCUCCCCUAAGUCAAAAUUAACCCCUACUUCUUAUUUAGUGACAAAUUGUAACUUAAGGGAGGGGUAGAUAGUCAGUUACUCAAAAAUCUCAAGUGAUCCAAAAAUCGUCUGAACCGUAGCUCUCGUUUGAAUGAUCAAAAUUAAGAUCUCAUCAAUAUGCUUAAUAAACAGCACUGCUGGAAAUCUCUGCCAAGUACAAGCUUUUAUUCGAAUGGCCAUACUAAAAGAUUGCAUCUACAGAAUCAAAUGUUAGAACUUGAAAUCAACAGUUUAUGCAGGAAAUCUCUGUUCAGUAGCUUUCGUUCGAAUUGUUGUUCUUAGAGGUUUUAUCCAGACUUAAAGUAAUUAAAACCACCUUGCAAAGCACAGUAAACCGGUGUAGAACGUGCUAUUAAGUAGCUUUCUUGAAUGUCAAUUAAUUCCCACACACUAUCAUACUGGGGUUUGUUUCUAAGGAUUACUUUAUACUUUUUCAGUGCAUACUUCAAGGAGACCUAAAAGUCGCUGAGCAACUGAAAACAGCUGUGAAAAAGGAAUUCCAAGGUUCCGGAAAAAAGGUUUGUAAAAUCUUUUUUUUUUUUUAUUUUUUUAUUUUUAUCAGAGACCGCGUAAACAACGAGACCUUUGACAUCCAAGUACUCUUUUUUAAAACAGCCUCUAGGUGCACCACGUUAAGCUAAGGCUUGCUUCUUCACACAGCUGAUUUGUAGCCUGUGCAUUUGAAGGGGAAGAGAAAUGUGGGAAUCAGGGCGCGUGAGGGAGGAGGAAAGAAAGGGUUUCCGUCCUUUCAUAUCCUCACGCGUCCAUCGUGUUCUCGUUCGCGUUCUCAGCCCGUUAUAGAAAUAGCCUUUAGUUGCACCAUGUAGUGUUAAGUUUUGUUUGUUCACCCCCCUGAUUUGUAGCCUGUGUCAAACAUUUGAAAGGGAGUAAAGGACCGCCGGAUCGCAAGUUAGGUUUUCCCGAAACCGGAAACGGCUUUGUACCAGAGUCGAACCUCUACAACGGCUUCCUUUAGAGAAAAGUGCCUUUUCUAGAGGAGUUGCCAUUGUGGGGAAUAAGGGGGCAUCUCGGAACACUCCGGAUACCCCCGGAACAUCCCCCGGAACCUGGCAGUAAGUAAAAUGAAAAACACAAAAGAAACCCUAACCCCACUGUGUAAGAUAUUAAAUGUUCAAGAGUGAAUGUACGAACUGUCUGCCGGAAUAAACAUGAUGGUCGUCUUGGAAAGACAUCGGUAUUUAUCAAAAAGCAUUUAUUUCUUUUUUUAUUUUUAAAGACUACGUUCAUGAGUUUCCAUAACUCAGUGAAACAUUGUGAAUAAACAUUCCAGUGUGCAGACGCUGUAAAUUUUAUAUACAUUGGUCUUUUACAGCCAUUUUUUGAAGCUUGCCUGGAAUCCAGCAACAGAUCAGAAUAGAGGCGGAGAAAUAUGUCUCCAGAGUUCUUCCCGGGUGAGUUUAUUGAAGUUUUUACUGUGCUUAAAGUGCUGACUAAACAAACUUGCCUUUUGUAGUGGCACUUGUGUUGCACCUAUGCCGAUCAUCCUUUCACCCCAGAACCAAGAAGCGCGCACUGAAUCCGCUGACCACAAAACGCUGUGCGUAUACAAAUUCGUAAGUGAUUGGGAACAAUAACUCGAGUUCUGCACUGCUAAUUGAUGCUACCCUGAGAAAAUAGCUGACAUUUUGUGACAUCAUCACUGGUUUCCUCGCGAACUGCUCUGAAGAAUGUUCGCAGAUAUUCCAUACUGAUAUGACAUGUAGCUUUCUAUCAGUAAAAACAAAAUUGACUGGUUUGUUGGCUAAGACUCGUGUUUUUAUUUCUUUGAUUUUGAUUUAAAUAUUUGAUUUCGGGCCCGAAACGUUACCGGGACUUUCGAGAAACGAGUUAAUCAUGUUCCACCUAUUUAUAAACGACAUUUUAAUUUUUGUCCCAGGAAAUACGAAGAUGCGGCGGAAACAGCUUUUGCUCAGAAAAGUGAGGAGGGCCUGGAUCUAGUCCUUGGAAAAUGUGCAACUUCAAAUCGUCCGUUGGUGAACCGCAUUCAAGAAAUGAAGGCUCAAUUGCAGCAAAGACGAUAA